CCCGUGUCUCCACCGCCGCCAUUCUGCUGCUGCUGUCGGUCAGAGAGAGAGAGAGCGCUGCUGUCUGCUGCUGCAGUCAUCUGAGAGCAGAGGGAGGGACUCCAACACCACCUUGUGAAUCAUGGCAGGAUGGAACCUUACUUUGUGCUUGGCUUUGGUGGUCUGUGCACAGAAUCCAUCAUGUCCGUCUCUGUGCACCUGUGUGCUCCAUGGUCACAGCAAUGGCAAGGGACUCAGAACUGUGCUCUGUAAAAACCCAACCUUGGCUGCCAUUCCAGUAGAUCUGCCAAGCGAUGCAGUCAAGUUUCGUCUAGAGCGCACCUCUGUUUCCAGGAUCUUCAGAGGUGCUUUCUCUGCCAUGCCAGAACUGCUGUAUUUGUGGCUUACAUAUAACUCCAUCACUGUUCUUCAUCCAAGGAGUUUCACAAACCUGUCUUUCCUUCAUGAGUUACGACUGGAUGGGAACCUCCUCUCCUCCUUCCCCUGGGAGGGACUCAAGGAUGUGCCCCGCCUCCGAACUCUUGGACUGCACAACAACCGUCUGGCACGAAUCCCUCCCCUGGCCGCGCGUUACCUUGCCAAUGUGACUUACCUGGACCUCUCGAGCAACAGGCUGAGCACCCUGCCUAAUGAUCUGACUGCUCUCUGGCCGUUCAGUGACAGCACUCAGACCCAGCGCUCAGUGGUUUUAGGUUUACAGGACAACCCCUGGGUGUGUGACUGUAGGCUUUCCACUUUGCUUGACAUAAGUAAAGCCCCAGAAACUUCUCUGGUCCUGUUGGAUCGAUUCCUGACCUGUAGUGAACCGCCAGAUCUUGCUGGAGUUCCCUUUCAGAGCGUGGAGCUCACUCGCUGCCGCAGGCCUUAUGUGGUGACCUCUGCCACCAAGAUCACAGCUCUACUGGGUAGCAAUGUCCUAUUUCGCUGUGAAGCUGCAGGACACCCGACCCCAACACUUAUGUGGAUCAAAUCUGCUAUACCCAACCUUUAUAAACAAGGUUGUUGUAAGCAGAUGCAAAGCCGCAUGGACACUGAAAGAUUGCCCAAAAAACUCUCUGGCUAUGUACAAGAAUCUCCACGUGUGGGAAUCCGCUGGUCAGCAGUCAGUCUGAAUGGAAUAUCAUAUAACGAUGCAGGAGAGUACCGGUGCAGAGCACAAAACAUGGCAGGGAUUUCAGAGGCCAUUGUCAGUCUGAAUGUGGUUGGGGUAAUGGCUGAAUAUGCAGACUCCAAAAACUCUGACCAACAGCAAACAGCUGCAAAAUCAAACAAUACAAAGAGGAAGCCUAACCAGAAAUCUAAGGCAAUACCUUCUAUGCUACCUCGAAACAUGACUAGACCACUCUCCCCUCCAAAGAGAGUCAUGAAAAUCCCCAAAGCAAGCAGAGACAAAAUGAAAAGAGACCGGACAGCUGUAAAAAACCUGCCACAGAGAUACUUUUUAAUUGCUUCUGAAAAUCAACUGCAAAGAAGACAAAAACCUUAUGUUUCCAUGUCAAUUCGAACCUGACACAUUCAGAUUAUACAUGUAUAUUUUCCGGAAGUUUCUUUUUUCACAC